AUGUCUCCCGAUCUCAACUCUCUGCCACCAUCUCGCUCUUCCUCAACCUCAUCCUCGAUCCCAUACCGCAACAUGCCUUCCGCCUCACCAAAUGCCCCGCCCGCAACGGCGAACACCACAUCCCCCAGACCCUCCCGGGGAUCGAGCAUAGGCCGUUUAUCGGUAUCCGAGCGCCGUCGGUCAGCUGCCGGUAUUAACCUAAACUUGAGUGAGAUGCCGGCAAAUAAUGGCGACGCUGUCCCAUCAGACCACCGCAGCUCCAUCGGGCAUGCAUUCCGCACAACCAGCCCAUCCAGCCAUGGGAGCAGUCCUGUCUUCGCGACAGCUGAUCCUCAUCAUCAGCGAGCACCAUCACUGGGGGAGUUGCACCAGGAGUUGGAACAAGAGCAGGAAGCGCAAGUGAACCGUCUCUUGCAGAUGAUCCGCAGUCAGCAGACCCAACUGCAGCAGUACCAGCAGCAGAACCCACAGCAACCAAACACACAGUCAACGGCCAUCGACGACACCCCAUCAUCGGAACGGUCGGCAUUUCUGCCCCCAACACACGCACCCACCGGCCCAGCAGGAAACAGACUAUCGAUCUCUUCGUCAUUCUCGAACCGUCGUCCCUCUCGCCCAUCCAGCCAAGCAACCUCGCCCAAUUUGCGGCCGCUUGACACCGGCGUGGAGGCAUUCCCGGGGUUCAGCCCAUCUCGGCGGGGAAGUCGGGACGAAAGUGCGUUUUACCAAGCUGAGGCUAGCUCACUUGGCCGAGAAAACAUCCUCCUUCGGCAACGAAUUCGGGAACUUGGUAAGAUUAUCAACUUAAUCCCGCAAUGUUCUUGCGGCUACCCCGCUCCGAAGUGGAGAUUAAUAUGGACAACACUGACGCUGCGCAGAGAGACAAAUUGGCGAAAUGACAGCUUCGGCAUCAACUAG